AUGGUCGACUCGCCUUUCAUAUCAUAUUCCCAUCAGAAACAUGUCGACCGGUCCACGCUCAGCCGCAUUCGAAGUCAUGCCCAGCAGAAGGUGCAGGAUGACAAGUGGUCGAAGAAGAUUGGGAAGGAGCGUGAUGGGGGGUCGCAGGUGGUUGUUCCACGAGUUCCGGAGCGGCAGUGUUUGAAGUUGGUCUUUGAGAAGAGAUCUAAGGAUGGCUCGGGGAAGGCUGGAUCUGGUGCUGUCGCUCGGAAGGUGAAGAAGAGGCAGUUGGAGCAGGUUCAGAGGGCGGUGGCGACGAAGUUGUGUGAGACGCUGGUUGUUACGCCUGUCGACAAGCGGGAUCCGUUUGACUCUUUUCCGGUGGUCGUUAACGCAGAGUUGAUGGAUCUGCUGGAAGGUUACUACGGCAGCUGGAAAUGGAACAACACCAAAUCACUGAUCUUCCAGGAGACCGUAAGCAGCCCAGUGCUCAUACAGAGCUGCCUCGCGAUGGCAUACCACAUUUGCCAUCAGGAUGAGGUGCGAACAAUGGUGCAUGAGAGCAAGACUAUGGAGCUUGUGGCAAGCGGGAUCAAUCAACUUGGCAAGUUCAAAGGCGAUCAGCGUCGUGAUGCGGCAUGUGCUCUGAUUUGGGCGAUUAUGCGGCUGGCGACGAUUAAAGUCAACCAAGGGCAGCUGGAGACGUCCCUGAACCAUCUGAAUGCAUUGGUAUUGGUCUCGCCAACGCUGAGAGAUUGGGAAGGGCACAAGUUCGCUCUGCAUUUGCAGUCUGCCAUUGCAAGCUUGUUUCUAGCGAACUUCACGCAAUCAGGCAAGGUCCUGCCCCUGCUCCAUUCCCCGUUUGGCACUGUGCAAACAUCAGCCGUCGCCGACGUCAAAGCCCAAGGCUACAUGGUCCCAGACCGAGCCGUCAUGCUCGAUCCUGUCUUAAAACGCCUGACAGAUCCAGCCAUCCUCGAUGGAAUUCUUGCUCUUACAGCCCUAUACAACUUAAGCGGCCAAGGCUUUGACACGACCCAGCAAUCACUCCCGCACACCCACACUGGCCGUCAGGCAUUCGAAGGUGUCCGCAUCGCCCUUCGUCUCGCUCAGCUGGACACCACACCGCCCGCAGAGUUCUCGGCCGACAGCAACAGAACUUGGCGCUUUGCCCUACAGAACGUCCUGCGUCUCACCGCAGUCCUGUUUACCUGGUCCUUCGCUCGCCGUGUCAGCAGUCGCUGGGAAGCCAUCUCGUCCGUGCGGACUCAACUCCACGCAGCGUUAACCACUCACUUACUAUCGAACGUGGUCUUCGAGAGCCGACGGAGCAAAACACUAUCGGAUCUUAUGCUAUGGAUCUUGAUCGUCUGCGGUUCCACAACGUACCAUACCGAGCACAUGGUCUACUACGCAGACUUAAUACGCACCUGGUUCCCCGAGGCGCAAGACGUCCCCUAUCAGGAUAUCAAGAGGCUGGGCGAAAGAUUACCUUGGAUCGACGUCCAAGACAAUCCGCCUGUCGAAGACUUCUGGAACAUGGAAGAGGAUACUUCGAGCAGCCGGCAGGAGUCUGGUGCGCUCCUUGUGGGGUUUAUACAGCGUCAGCUACCCAGGAGAUGA